AUGGCGGCCCCGGGGCGCCUCCGGUGCGCGGCCACGAGGCCCGCGGCUGCCGCAGGUGGGACGGGGCCGGACGGGGCCGAGCGGGGCCGGACGGGACGGGGAGGACCGGGCACAACCGGGACGGUACCGGCAGCCGCUACCGGGCCCGGUUACCGGACGCAGAGCCGGUGCACCGGGGGAUACCGGGUUGGGGUCGUGCUCUGCCGAAACGGGUCGGAACCGCGGAGCCGCGCCGGUUCUGGGCCUCACCUCCCGGUGCCCGGGGGGACCGAGCACAACCGGGACGGUACCGGCAGCCUCUACCGGGCCCGGUUACCGGCCCUCAGAGCCGGUGCUCCGGGGGAUACCGGCUUGGGAUCGUGCUCUGCGAAAACGGCUCGGAACCGCGGCCCGGUUCUGCCUCCCGGGGCCGCUUCCCCGCCGCACCGCCGAGCCGCGGCGCGGCGGGCGGCGACGCAGGUCCCCGAGGAGCUGCUGAGCGACCCCGAGCUGCGGGAGGCGGCGGGGGCCCUGCCCGCCAACUACAACUUCGAGAUCCCCAAAACCGUCUGGAGGAUCCGGCAGGCGGGGGCCAGGAAGGUGGCCCUACAGAUGCCGGAGGGGCUCCUCAUGUUCGCCUGCACCAUCGCAGACAUCAUCGAGCGGUUCACGGAGGCGGAGGCGGUGGUGAUGGGCGACGUGACCUACGGCGCGUGCUGCGUGGACGACUACACGGCGCGGGCCCUGGGCGCUGACUUCUUGGUGCACUACGGUCACAGCUGCCUGAUUCCCAUCGACGCCACGCAGGGGCUGAAGAUGCUCUACGUGUUCGUGGACAUCAAGAUCGACACGUCCCAUUUCCUCGAGACCCUUCGCUUCAACUUCGCCCCGGGCGCCUCCCUGGCCCUCGUCAGCACCAUCCAGUUCGUGUCGGCCGUGCAGGCGGCCGCGCAGGAGCUGCGCCCGCAGUACCGGGUGUGUGUGCCCCAGUGCAAGCCGCUGUCCCCCGGAGAGAUCCUGGGCUGCACCUCGCCCCGGCUGGCGCAGGACACGGAUGCCAUCGUGUAUUUGGGUGACGGCCGCUUCCACCUGGAGUCCAUCAUGAUCGCCAACCCGGGGAUACCCGCAUACAGGUACGAUCCCUACAGCAAGGUCUUCUCGCAGGAGCACUACGCCCACGAGCGCAUGCGCAGCGCCCGGCAGGACGCCAUCCGCAGCGCCGCCCGCGCCUGCUGCUGGGGGCUCAUCCUGGGCACCCUGGGGCGCCAGGGCUCCCCCCGCAUCCUGCAGCACCUGGAGUCGCGUCUGCGUGCCCUGGGCCGGCCCUUCGUGCGGGUGCUGUUGUCGGAGAUCUUCCCCAGCAAGCUGCAGCUCUUCCCCGGCGUGGACGCGUGGGUGCAGAUAGCCUGUCCCCGGCUCUCCAUCGACUGGGGGGAAGCCUUCAGCAAGCCGCUGCUGACGCCCUACGAGGCGGCGGUGGCACUCGGGGACAUCGAGUGGCAGCCGACGUACCCCAUGGACUUCUACGGCAGCCAGUCCCUGGGGCCGUGGACGGCGAACCACGGCGCGCCGCAGCCCCCCGGCCGGCCGCCCCAGGCGAAGCCCCCCACGCCCCUCGUCCCCGGGGAUGGCGCCGAGGGGACGCACAGCCCCACCGACCCCGCUGACACUUGUGGGGACGUGGCGGGGGCGCAGCCCCACAGGGACUGAGCACCAGCAGGGCUGCACCGGCUUGUGGGGAGCAUCCCCGGUAGCAGCCCCAUGAGGGACAGGGAAGGGGCUGAGCACGGCCCUCGUCCCCCCGGGCGGCUCCGUGCAGCCCCCGUCGGAGCCGCCCCGUCCAUUCCCCCCCCCCCGCCGCCAUUUUGUCUCCCCGGCCUCCCUCCGCCAGGGGGCGCCCGAGGCGGGAGGAGGGGGCGGGGCUCAGCCCGUAGUCCCGCCCCCCCGUCCCUAACGCCGCCCAAUCAGCUCGCCGCUUUUCGGCGGGAAGCACGGAGCGGCCGGAAGCUCCCCGUCCCUGUUCCGGCGGGCGGGCGGGCGCCAUGUUGGAGGAGCGGCCGCUGCGGCUGCUGGCGCUGCACGGCUACCGGCAGAGCGAGCGCCGCUUCCGCCAGCGCACCGGGGCGCUGCGCAAAGCCCUGAGGGGCCGCGCCGAGCUCGUGGCCUUCGACGCCCCUCACCUCGUGCCAGGCGGCGAGGAAGACGGCGCCGACGACGGCGCCGACCCCCCCCGCGGCUGGUGGUUCUCCAGGCCCGGCGCCUUUGAGGCGCGGGAGGCGGCUGAGGAGCCGGCGGGGCUCGACGAGGCGCUGGCGGCCGUGGCGGAGGCGCUGGCGGAGCGCGGGCCUUUCGACGGGCUGCUGGGCUUCAGUCAGGGCGCGGCGCUGGCCGCCAUGGUGUGCGCCUUGAGGGCCCGGGGCGAUCCCCGCUUCCCCGUGGCCUUCGCCAUCCUGGUGGCCGGCUUUGCCAGCCGCGCCCCGGCCCACGGGCACUUCUACCGGGAGCCCAUCGCCCUGCCCACGCUGCACGUGGUGGGUGAGGCUGAUGCCGUCAUCGCCGCCCCCCUCAGCUUGGAGCUGGCGCAGAGCUUCGUGGAGCCCGUCGUCGUCACCCACCCCGGCGGGCACUUCGUCCCCGUGGGUGCGCCGCAGAAGAAAGCCUACCUGGACUUCUUGGAGCGCUUCCGCGCGGGGCGGGGACAGGCUGAGCCGCCGGGGGCUGGAGCUGUUUGAUAACAGCGUCUGUAAUAAACGGGGCUCCAGCCAGGUGCAUGCAGCUCGCUGUAUUUCCCUGCGCUCCAGAGGGGCCGGAGAGGUCCUCACGACCUCCCUGUGCUAAUACCGCAGAGGAGCGCAGUGUCAACUCUUCGUUACCUCCCUCUUUUGUCACUCUGUUGGGUACACGGGUAUGACAGCACGGAGGUUGGGGACAGGAGGGCGCCCUGGUUGUUUACGAGGGGCUCUCGGAGAGAAGAACGGCCGCUCCAAAAACCGGUCUCAGCUCAGCCGAAGGAAAUGAAUGGUUGCAGAGCACACGGCUCUCGCGGCUUUAUAUUCCAAACGUUUGUGUUCUUAAUAUCCCGUGCAGAAGCUAUUAAAGCAGCCUUUCAGGUGGUCUGGGUCUAGAAAAAGCUCCUCUCUCUGGCAGUGCCAGGGCUGGUAACCAUUUCCCUUUUAAGAAUUAAAGUUCAGUGCUGGUUCA